GAAGCCAGUUGGCGCUGUCCGUGGUGCUGAGGAAUUCCCGGCUGCCGGCAGAAUGCGCUCCAAAUCAGCAGUCUGCAAACUGCUCUCAGUGAUGCAGAAACCCAGCUAAAGUUGCUCCUUUCCUUCACGUCCACAGUUAGUAUUUUCUGGUGUGUAAGAAGGGAUUCGAGCAACAUAUUGUGGAUGAUGCUGAUGCCGUUGCCAGCGGAGCGGGUUUUAAGCGACAGCAUGCUGUUGCUGUUUGUGAUCCACCGAGCCUAGCCAAAUCACCUCUACUGCCGUAGCAAACACUGUGUAAGUGAACUCAUGUGUGGAGGAGGCGUAAUCAGCCGGGAAAUUUCAUAGAAGGAUCUGAGAAAAUGCUAAAAACAAGUUCAACAUGAUUCUGCUACUUGAGUCUGGAUUUCUACAGGACCAGCAUUGCUUCUUGCUUUGAAUUUUGGAGACAGGUCCAAAGCAUAUUUCUUAUGUGUGUCUGCUGUAUUUCUCUCCGGAAGGGCGGGAGACUGCUUCUUGACUGUGGUUUGAAAUGAGAGGUAGAGAGAAUGGAUUGCCUUUAAUUCAAGCCUGAAAAUGCGUUCUUUGGACAAUUAAAGAGGAACUGCUUUUCUAAAACAUACCUGAUCUUUUAGUCCAUAUUGGUCUAUGACCCCCAUCACCAUUAUUAACCUCCAGAGUGAUUAGCCUACCCCUCCCCAUGGAAGGAGCUGAGUAUAUUCAGUAGUAGGAGCACAUCCAGAAGCCUUUGAGGAGGGGGAUGGCUCUUCAUAUUCAUGAAGCUUGCAUACUUCUCUUGGUCAUCCCUGGAUUGGUCACCUCUGCUGCCAUCAGUCAUGAAGACUAUCCUGCUGAUGAAGGGGACCAGACCUCCAGUAAUGACAAUCUGAUCUUUGAUGACUAUCGAGGGAAAGGGUGUGUGGAUGACAGCGGCUUUGUAUACAAGUUGGGAGAACGAUUUUUCCCAGGGCAUUCCAACUGCCCUUGUGUCUGUGCUCUGGAUGGACCUGUUUGCGACCAGCCAGAAUGCCCUAAAAUUCACCCAAAGUGUACUAAAGUGGAACACAAUGGAUGCUGUCCUGAGUGCAAAGAAGUGAAAAACUUUUGUGAAUAUCAUGGGAAAAAUUACAAAAUCUUGGAGGAAUUUAAGCCCUCUCCAUGUGAAUGGUGUCGCUGUGAGCCCAGCAAUGAAGUUCACUGUGUUGUAGCAGACUGCGCAGUUCCUGAGUGUGUCAACCCAGUCUAUGAACCAGAGCAAUGUUGUCCUGUCUGCAAAAAUGGAAGCCACUUUCAUGGAUUCAAUCAUCAUCUGUAUCCUGAAGACUUCUAAAUCGAUGCUUCCAGUGCAAAUAUCUCCCCUGAGAUCUCAACUAUUCUAUCUAAUCACUUUAAGCUUUCCACUGGCUAUAAGCCAAAGACAGUUAAAACUCAUUCUGGACUUUCCACCUAAACUUGACUAUCCUAUAUGUCUCCUCUCCAUGAAAGAAACCACCUACCACCCAACACAAAAGCAAGAAAUAUGGACAUCAUUUUACUUCCUUCCUCUUUCCAUACCAUUUACAUCCACUUACUUCAGCUCCAUUCCCUUUCAUAUUACCCCAGCCUGUCCCCACUUCCCCAUUCCCACUGCCACUAUUUCCAUGUGGGCCUUCCCCAUUUCCUUUCUAGAGGAAUUGCUAUUCUUUGCCUCCCCUAGUCCGGGGGCCUUCCCACCCUAAACAGCAGCAGUAGUGACCUGGUAAAGCACAAAUAUGAUUAUACCACUUCGUCACUUAAAAGUCCUUUAGUGUCCCCCCUGUGCUAUAACAAACAGUAAAGUAUAUUAUAUUCAAAUAGCAUAACUUACAAGGUCUUCCAGACCCUAGCCACUGCCCUUCCAACUCCUCCAGCUUCAGCUCCCUUCAUUCUUCCUGGGACUUUUCGCUCCAGCUACAUAAAAUUUCUUACAUUUUCCCCAAUGGGCUAUAACCCCUUCUUUGCUCAUGCUACUACCUUCCCACCUACCACUAUCACCAAAAUAGCUUCACUCCACAAGAUCUACUCAGUCUUCAUGUGUGUCAGCAGCUUUCCUCUUUCCCGGUUUUGAUUAGAUCACCUCCUACAUUCUCCUAUAAAAUCCUAUUUCUAACUUUGCACCUCCCUCGUUUCUGCUAAAGUAUAA